AUGGAGGAGGUUGUGAUUGCUGGCAUGUCCGGGAAGCUGCCCGAGUCAGAUAACUUGGAGGAGUUCUGGGCCAACCUCAUCGGUGGUGUGGACAUGGUGACAGACGAUGACAGGAGGUGGAAGGCAGGACUCUACGGUCUGCCCAAGCGGACUGGCAAGCUGAAGGACUUGUCCAAGUUCGACGCCUCCUUCUUCGGGGUCCACCCAAAGCAGGCUCACACGAUGGACCCCCAGCUGCGCUUGCUACUGGAGGUCACCUAUGAGGCCAUCCUGGAUGGAGGCAUCAACCCGGCCUCCCUGCGGGGGACCCACACGGGCGUCUGGGUGGGCGUGAGCGGCUCGGAGGCCUCGGAGGCUCUGAGCCGCGACCCUGAGACUCUCCUGGGCUACAGCAUGGUGGGCUGCCAGCGGGCUAUGAUGGCCAACCGCCUUUCCUUCUUCUUUGAUUUUAAAGGGCCCAGCAUCGCUCUGGACACAGCCUGCUCCUCCAGCCUGAUGGCCCUUCAGAACGCCUACCAGGCUGUCCACCGCGGAGAGUGCCCCGUGGCCAUCGUGGGCGGCAUCAACAUCCUGCUCAAGCCCAACACCUCCGUGCAGUUCAUGAAGCUGGGCAUGCUGAGUCCCGACGGCGCCUGCAAGUCUUUCGAUGAAUCCGGGAAUGGCUACUGCCGUGCGGAGGCUGUGGUGGCCGUUGUGCUGACCACGAAGUCCCUGGCGCGGCGUGUGUACGCCACCAUCCUCAACGCUGGCACCAACACGGACGGCUCCAAGGAGCAAGGUGUGACCUUCCCCUCCGGGGAGGCGCAGGAGCAGCUCAUCCGCUCACUGUACGAGCCGGCGGGGCCGAGCCCAGCGUCCCUCGAGUAUGUCGAGGCCCACGGCACGGGCACCAAGGUGGGAGACCCCCAGGAGCUGAAUAGUAUCGCCCGAGCCCUGUGCGGCACCCGCCGGGAUCCCCUGCUGAUCGGGUCCACCAAGUCGAACAUGGGGCACCCGGAGCCCGCCUCCGGGCUCGUGGCUCUGGUCAAGGUGCUGCUGUCCCUGGAGCAUGGGCUCUGGGUCCCCAACCUCCACUACCACAGCCCGAACCCCGAGAUCCCCGCCCUUCAGGACGGACGGCUGCAGGUGGUGCGUCAGCCCCUGCCCGUCCGCGGAGGCAACGUGGGCAUCAAUUCCUUUGGCUUCGGUGGCUCCAACGUGCACGUCAUCCUCCGGCCCAAUUUGCAGCCCCCCUUGGCGCCCGCCCUGCACGCGGUCCUGCCCCGUCUGCUGCAGGCCAGCGGGCGCACCCCUGAGGCCGUGCAGUGCCUGCUGGAACAAGGCCACCGGCACAGCCAGGAUCUGGCCUUCCUGAGCAUGCUCAAUGACAUCGCGGUCACCUCCCCCAGCACCAUGCCCUUCCGGGGCUACACUGUGCUGGGCAGCAAGGACUGCAGCCAGGAGGUGCAGCAGGUGCCCGCCAGCAAGCGGCCGCUCUGGUUCAUCUGUUCUGGGAUGGGCGCGCAGUGGCGCGGGAUGGGCUUGAGCCUCAUGCGACUGGACAGCUUCCGAGACUCCAUCCUGCGCUCUGACGAGGCCGUGAGGCCCCUGGGACUGCAGGUGUCCGAGCUGCUGCUGAGCUCAGACGAGGCCACCUUCGACGACAACGUGAAGGCCUUCGUGAGCCUCACCGCCAUCCAGAUUGCCCUCAUAGACCUGCUGACUUCCAUGGGUCUGCGGCCUGACGGAAUCAUUGGGCACUCCUUGGGCGAGGUGGCCUGUGGCUACGUGGACGGCUGCAUCUCGCAGGAGGAGGCCAUCCUUGCUGCCUACUGGAGGGGCCAGUGCAUCAGGGAGGCCAACAUCCCGCCAGGGGCCAUGGCAGCUGUGGGCUUGUCCUGGGAGGAGUGUAAGCAGCGCUGUCCCCCCGGCGUCGUGCCCGCCUGCCACAACUCAGAGGACACCGUGACCAUCUCGGGACCUCAGGCUGAGAUGGCUGAGUUCGUGGCAAAGCUGAAGCAGGAGGGCGUGUUUGCCAAGGAGGUGCGGACAGGCGGCAUGGCCUUCCACUCCUACUUCAUGGACCCCAUCGCCCCCACACUGCUUCAGGCGCUCAAGAAGGUGAUCCGGGAGCCUCGACCCCGCUCGGCACGCUGGCUCAGCACCUCCAUCCCCGAGGCCCAGUGGCAGGGCACCCUGGCCCACACAUUCUCAGCGGAGUAUAACGUCAACAACCUGGUGAGCCCCGUGCUGUUCCAGGAGGCGCUGUGGCACGUGCCCGCCGACGCCGUGGUGGUGGAGAUCGCCCCCCACGCCCUGCUGCAGGCCGUUCUCAAGAGAGGCCUCAAGUCCACCUGCACCAUCCUGCCUCUGAUGAAGAAGAACGAGAGGGACAACCUGGAGUUUUUCCUUAACAGCGUGGGCAAGCUGCACUUGUUGGGCUUCAGUGUCAACCCAAAUGGCCUAUUUCCGCCCAUGGAGUUCCCGGUUCCCCGGGGGACCCCUCUGAUCUCCCCUCAUAUCAAGUGGGACCACAGUCAGACCUGGGACGUCCCCUCCGCCUCAGACUUCCCCAGCGGCUCCAGCAGCAGCUCUGCCACCAUCUACAACAUCGACACCAGCCCUGAGUCCCUUGACCACUACCUGGUGGACCACCGUAUCGACGGCCGUGUCCUGUUCCCCGCCACUGGCUACCUGUACCUGGUUUGGAAGACUCUGGCUCGGGCCUUGAGCCAGAACAUGGAGGAGAUGCCUGUAGUGUUUGAGGACGUGACGCUGCACCAGGCUACCAUCCUGCCCAAGACCGGGCCCAUGUCCCUGGAAGUGCAGCUCCUACAGGCUUCCCGAACCUUCGAGGUGUCUGACAACGGCAGCCUGAUAGUGAGCGGGAAGGUCUACCAGUGGGAGGACCCUGACCCCAAGCUGUUCGACAGCCGGGACGGCCUGGGCCCCACGGACCCCACGGCUACAUUCCGCCUGAGCCGGGCGGACGUGUACAAAGAGCUGCGCCUGCACAGCUACGACUACGGCCCUCACUUCCAGGACAUCCUCGAGUCCGACCUGGAAGGCCGCACGGGCCGCCUGCUGUGGAAGGCCAACUGGGUGACGUUCCUGGACGCCAUGCUGCAGAUGUCCAUCCUGGGCAAGGCCCAGCACACCCUGCGCCUGCCCACCCGCAUCACCUCUCUCCACAUCGACCCCGCCACCCACCGGCACAGGGUGUACUCGCUGCAGGACAAUGUCCAAGCGGUCGACGUGGUGGUGAGCAGCUGUCUGCAGAGCACGGUGGCCGGCGGCGUCCUAUUCUCGGGCAUCCACACCUCGGCGGCCCCGCGGCGUCAGCAGGAGCAGUUCGCACCCGUCCUGGAGAAGUUCUGCUUCACGCCGCACACCGAGCAGGGACUCCUGGCUGCGGACGCAUCCUUGCAGGAGGAGCUACAGCUAUGCAGGGGGCUGGCACAGGCACUGCAGACCAAGGUGGCCCAGCAGGGGAUGAAGAUGGUGGUGCCCGGGCUGGACGGAGCCCCGGCCCCCCAGGACUCGCCGCAGCAAGGCCUGCCCCGCCUGCUGGCGGCCGCCUGCCAGCUGCAGCUCAAUGGCAGCCUCCCCCUGGAGCUGGGCCAGCUGGUGGCACAGCAGCGCUCCCUGCUGCAGGACGACCCCCUGCUCAACGGCCUCCUGGCCUCCCCGGCGCUCAGAGCCUGCGUGGACACCACCCUGGAGAACACGGUCGGCUUCAAGAUGAAGGUUGUGGAGGUGCUGGCUGGCGACGGCAACUUGUACUCUCAUGUCCCAGCGCUGCUCACCAUCCAUCCCAUGCUGCAGCUGGACUACACGGCCACAGACCGCCACCCGCAGGCCCUGGAGGCCGCCCAGGCCAAGCUGCAGCAGCUCGGCAUAGCCCAGAGUCAAUGGGACCCCUCGGAGCCCGCCCCUGGCAACCUGGGCACAGCCGACCUCCUUCUGUGUAACUGUGCCGUGGCCAGCCUCGGUGAUCCGGCCACGGCCAUCUGCAACAUGGGGGCCGCUCUCAAGGAGGGCGGCUUCCUGCUACUGCACGCGCUGCUCAAAGGACACCCCGUUGGAGAGAUGGUCGCCUUCCUCACCUGCCCCGAGCCACAGCGAGGCCAGCAGAGCCUCCUAAGCCAGGAUGAGUGGGAGAGGCUGCUGGCUGGCGCGUCCCUGCACCUGGUGGCCCUGAAGAGGUCCUUCUACGGCUCGGUGCUGUUCCUUUGCCGCCGGCCACUCCCGCAGCACACCCCCAUCUUCCUGCCCGUGGAGGACACCAGCUUCCAGUGGGUGGACUCCCUGAAGAGCAUUCUGGCCAACUCCUCCCUCCGGCCCGUGUGGCUGACCGCCACCAGCGGUGUCACCUCAGGCGUCGUGGGCCUGGUGAACUGUCUCCGCAAAGAGCCCGGCGGACACCGGAUCCGGUGCGUCCUGGUGUCCAACCUCAGCAGCACGUCCCACACCCCCAGUUUGGACCCUGGCUCCUCAGAGCUGCAGAAGGUGCUGCAGGGGGACCUCGUGAUGAACGUGUACCGAGAAGGGGCCUGGGGGGCCUUCCGCCAUUUCCUGCUGGAGCGCGGCCUGCCGGAGGAGCAGACCCAGCACGCCUUCGUGAACGUCCUCACCCGGGGGGACCUCUCCUCCAUCCGCUGGGUCUGCUCCCCUCUGCGGCACCCCCAGAUCACUGGCCCUGGUGUCCAUCUCUGUACCGUCUACUAUGCCUCCCUCAACUUCCGAGACAUCAUGCUGGCCACGGGCAAGCUCUCCCCUGAUGCCAUCCCAGGGAAAUGGGCUGCCCACGACUGUUUGCUGGGCAUGGAGUUCUCUGGCCGAGACGCCAGCGGCAAGCGCGUCAUGGGGCUGGUGCCCGCGGAAGGCCUGGCCACCUCGGUCCUGCUCUCUCAGGACUUCCUGUGGGAGGUGCCCUCCAGCUGGACCCUAGAGGAGGCAGCUUCGGUGCCUGUGGUCUACACCACCGCCUACUACGCGAUGGUGGUGCGGGGGCGCUUGCAGCCUGGGGAGACAGUGCUCAUCCACUCGGGCUCAGGGGGCGUGGGCCAGGCUGCCAUCGCAAUCGCCCUCAGCCUGGGCUGCCGUGUCUUCACUACUGUGGGGUCAGCCAAGAAGCAAGCGUACCUGCAGGCCAGGUUCCCCCAGCUCAACGCCACCAGCUUCGCCAACUCCCGGGACACGUCCUUCGAACAGCACGUGCUGCGCCACACGGCAGGGAAGGGUGUGGACGUGGUCCUGAAUUCUCUGGCGGAAGAGAAGCUGCAGGCCAGCGUGCGGUGCCUGGCCCAGCAUGGCCGGUUCCUGGAAAUCGGCAAAUUCGACCUUUCCAACAAUCACCAGCUGGGCAUGGCCAUCUUCCUGAAGAACGUGUCCUUCCACGGGAUCCUGCUGGACGCGGUCAUGGACGGCGCAGAUGCCACCUGGCAGGAGGUGGCGGCGUUGCUGAAGGCGGGCAUCCGGGACGGUGUGGUGCAGCCCCUCAAGCGCACCGUGUUCCCCAAGGAGCAGGUGGAGGACGCGUUCCGUUACAUGGCCCAAGGGAAGCACAUCGGCAAAGUGGUCAUCCAGGUGCGCAAGGAGGAGCCAGAGGGGGUGCUGCGGGAGGCGAGCCCCACCUCCAUCGCCGCUGUGUCCAGGACCUUCUGCCCGGCCCACAAGAGCUACGUCAUCACCGGGGGCCUGGGCGGCUUCGGCCUGGAGCUGGCCCAGUGGCUCGUGCUGCGAGGGGCCCAGAAACUCGUGCUGACUUCUCGCUCUGGAAUCCGCACAGGCUACCAGGCCAAGCAGGUCCGUGAAUGGAGGCGUCAGGGCGUGCAGGUCCUGGUGUCCACCACCGACGCCAGCUCGCUGGACGGGGCCCAGCGCCUCAUCGACGAGGCCACGCAGCUGGGGCCCCUGGGAGGCGUCUUUAACCUGGCUGUGGUCCUGAGGGACGCCGUGCUGGAGAACCAGACCCCCGAGCGCUUCCAGGACGUCAGCAAGCCCAAGUACAGCAGCACCGUGAACCUAGACAGGGUGACCCGAGCUGCGUGCCCCGAGCUCGACUACUUCGUGGUCUUCUCCUCCGUGAGCUGCGGGCGUGGCAACGCCGGCCAGACCAACUACGGCUUUGCCAACUCCGCCAUGGAGCGCGUGUGCGAGAAACGCCACCAUGACGGCCUCCCGGGCCUCGCCAUUCAGUGGGGUGCCAUCGGUGACGUCGGCCUCGUCGUGGACAGCCUGGGUUCCAAUGACGCGGUCGUCAGCGGGACGCUGCCCCAGCGGAUCACCUCCUGCUUAGAGGUGCUGGACCUCUUUCUGAGCCAGCCCUACGCUGUCCUGAGCAGCUUCGUGCUGGCCGAGAAGAAGGCCACCAUCCUGGGGGAUGGCGCUGACCGGCAGGACCUCACGAAGGCCGUGGCCCACAUCCUGGGCAUCCGAGACUUGGCCACCGUCAACCUGGACAGCUCGCUGGCGGACCUGGGCCUGGACUCGCUCAUGGGCGUGGAGGUGCGCCAGAUCCUGGAGCGGGAGCAAGACCUGGUGAUGUCCAUGCGGGACAUCCGGCACCUCACGCUCCGGAAGCUGCAAGAGCUCUCCGUGAAGGCGGGCACAGCUAACGAGCUGGCAGCCCCUGCGCCCAAGGAGGACAUUCCUGCCAGCGGGCAGGCCCCGCUGAGCCUGAGCACCCUGCUGGUAAACCCCGAGGGCCCAACCUUGACGCAGCUCAACUGCGUGCAGAGCUCCGAGCGCCCCCUGUUCCUGGUGCAUCCCAUCGAGGGCUCCAUCACUGUGUUCCACAGCCUGGCGUCUAAGCUCAGCAUCCCCACCUACGGCUUGCAGUGCACACGAGCUGCGCCCCUGGACAGCAUCCAGAGUCUGGCCGCCUACUACAUCGAGUGCAUCAGGCAGGUGCAGCCGGAGGGGCCCUACCGCAUCGCCGGCUACUCCUACGGGGCCUGCGUGGCCUUCGAGAUGUGUUCGCAGCUGCAGGCCGCGCAGCAGAGCCCCGCCUCCGCGCACAACAGCCUCUUCCUGUUCGACGGCUCACACACCUACGUGCUGGCCUACACACAGGGCUACCGCGCGAAGCUGACCACUGGUUGUGAGGCCGAGGCCGAGGCCGAGGCUAUGUGCUUCUUCAUGCAGCAGUUCACCGACAUAGAGCACAACAGGGUGCUGGAGGCGCUGCUGCCCCUCAGGGGCCUGGAGGAGCGCGUGGCGGCCGCCGUGGACCUGAUCGUGCGCAGCCACGCGGCCCUGGACCGCCGCGAGCUCAGCUUCGCCGCGCGCUCCUUCUACCACAAGCUGCGAGCCGCUGAGCAGUACAUGCCGCGGACCACCUACCACGGCAACGUGACACUGCUGCGCGCCAAGACGGGCGGCAUGUACGGCGAGGGCCUGGGCGCCGACUACAACCUGUCCCAGGUGUGCGACGGCAAGGUGUCCGUGCACGUGAUCGAGGGCGACCACCGCACGCUGCUGGAGGGCAGCGGCCUGGAGUCCAUCCUCAGCAUCAUCCACAGCUCCCUGGCCGAGCCGCGCGUCAGCGUCCGGGAGGGCUAGGCGACCUCCCCCACGGCCGGGGCAGGUCCUGCCGGUGGGACCCCCCCCCCCCCCCCCCCCCCCCCCCCCCCCC